CUAGUUUGUAUUACAAGCCACUGACAGAAGACCAGAACGCCCUUUUACCUGUACCUCUAGUCCACUUUCCUCAUUCAGCUCCCUCGAAUGUCAUCAAUCUACACCACUGUUUUCUUUCAUGGAUUCCCAGUUGCUGAAACUGUAAGAUUCCUUUUUUACUUCUUGAGCAUCAUAUGGGUGUUGUUCAAGUUAGCGUGUUUCAAGAGUUCUCAACUGCUAAUUACUCUUUCGUCUUGAUUUGAUCUUGUUCUGGUUAAGUUGCCAGUUUAAGUGUUUACUUCACUUUUAUAGUUUCGUCUUUGUGGGGGUAUUUUGGAUCUAUAUGGAUGGAUUUUAUGUGGGUUUGCUUCUAUCUUGUGGUUGAUUUAUGUUGAAAGCUGGAGUAUUUAGUGGCGUGCUCGAAAGAUGGAGAUUAUUACCAAGUUUAAUUGGGAUACAUUUGGCCAUUUCAGGCCUUACUAUGCAAGGGUUUUCAGUUUUGGUGAGAGAAUGGCAAAUGGCCAUUGUAAAAUUUUGGUCUUCCUCUCUUUGAAUGGACUGGUGGCCAUGGGCUCAUUGAUAUCCUUCCUUUCAGCCAUGGUAUUUGGAUAUAUGUAUUGGUUUCCCACUUCUAGUCCAGUUCUUCAUAGUUAUGCGAUUUCUGAGUCCAAUGUGUCUAAUGGCAAAUGCCACGUUUUUUAUGGAAGUUGGAUCCGUGAUGAAAGUUAUCCUUUAUAUGAUGCCUCAAGAUGCCCGUUUGCAGAGCGUGGAUUUAAUUGCUUGGCUAAUGGGCGGAAAGAUAAUGGCUAUACCAAAUGGAGGUGGAAGCCUAAAGAUUGUGAUAUUCCAAGGUUUAAUGCACGUGCAGUUCUUGAAAAUCUUCGUGGGAAACGAAUUGUUUUUGUAGGCGAUUCAUUGAGUAGAACACAGUGGGAGUCUUUGAUAUGUUUGCUCAUGAUGGGAAUUGAGGAUAAGAGGAGUGUAUAUGAAAUCAAUGGGCAUAAGAUCACGAAACGUAUCGGGUUUUUGAGUGUACGGUUUAGUUCAUUCGAUCUUUCUAUUGACUAUUAUCGAUCAGUUUUCCUGGUACAGCCUGGACCAGUGCCGAGGCGUGCACCAAAGAGGGUGAAGACCACACUAAGACUCGAUAAGUUGGAUGAUAUUAGCAAAGAGUGGGUUAAUUCUGAUGUUCUGAUUUUUAAUUCGGGACACUGGUGGACACGGACUAAGCUCUUUGAAAUGGGCUGCUAUUUUCAGGUAGGAGAUUCGCUGAAGCUUGGAAUGCCAAUCUCUACUGCCUUCAGGAGAGCAUUAGACACAUGGGCAUCUUGGGUUGAGACUAUGAUACACAGAAAUAGAACGAGUGUAUUCUUCCGGACUUUUGAGUCAUCCCAUUGGAGUGGUAGAAACCGGAAUUCUUGUAAAGUGAGUCGUCACCCCUCAUCAAGAUCUCUUGGGAGGGACCGAAGCCCAAUUUCAGAUAGCAUAAUCAAGGUUGUGGAGAAAAUGACAGUUCCUGUACAAGUAGUGCAUGUUACACCAAUGGGGGCAUUCCGGAGUGAUGCGCAUGUGGGUACUUGGAGUGACAAUCCAUCUGUACCCGAUUGUAGCCACUGGUGUCUGCCUGGUGUUCCUGAUACAUGGAAUGAAAUUAUCUUCUCCAAUCUGCUGUCCAAGAAUGGCCACUCUACCAAUGAACACUAGAAGUUCCGAGUUGGUUUCCUUCUCUUGCCUCCAGCAUUUUAAUUUUUAUAUAGAUAUGUAUGAUUUUCCUUCCCUUUGUAUCUGUGAAAAUGUGGACAGAAAUUAUAUGUAAUUUCACAAUGUUAUUUUCCCAGUGCACCACUACCAAAUGUGCAUUAUCUGUAUAAUUUCCGUUUAUUUUAAAUUUAAUACAACCAAAAUGUUUGGGCUAUUUCUGAAAAA